GGUCAAUCAAUGCGCAUCUGACUGUGACAAUUCAACUCUGUUCUUUGUGUUCCUCUUCCGUACUUUGCCAAAUUAUCAUUUCUUCAAGACAAAUCAAAACCCUCCUGAGCUUGUCACAAUUUGUCUAACAUGAAUAAUUAUUCUUCAAAUUUGUAACAACUCAGGCGGCCCAUGCACUGCGACGCGCCUAACACCCCACGGAGCCCAUUGUGCUCCACCCGCCGCCGUUCAAUUGCCUGACUUGGUGGGCUGGCCGGUGAACUUGUCACUGUCAAUUCUAUCCUGAGUGACAACAAUUAUCGCGUUUUACCGCGGCUGAUGGCAGAGAGGCGCACGCGAACCGGCGCCAGGGCACACUUGGGAGGCCCAUCGCGACCGCCUCAAGUAGGCACUGGCGUCUCUGGCGUUGUAUUUUUCUCCCUGAAAUAAUUCACUCACACAUUUUGCUGCAACUUACAGAAAGAGAAGAAGAAAAAGAAGAGCAAACGUCACAAACUUACCCCUCUCCUAGUCAAGUACCUACCUUACCUACAUUACCUACAUAUAUAUCCGUCUCGUGCAAAAGAGUCAGUCAGGACGUGUCGCUGUCACAGCGGGCGCCUGUCUGGCUUCUUACUGUGCACAGUGCGUUUGGUCGAAACGUGCUGGGACGCACGUGCCCAUUUUCGCCGAAUCGGUGCUACUGCCAUUCGCAAAUUCCUGCCAACCACGGCACGCGCUCGCGUGUGCAGACCAAAUUAAAUGGCUUCAUUUCCUGACGCCAACGAUGGCAGCGUUCCCACACGCAUCACGGUCAAGUGCUGCCAUGGCGACUGUACAGAACCUGCUGCCUACGGGGUUCCCCUUUGUUUUUUGCAUUUGAAGUAUCAUAAUGCUCCCAUCAUAAGCAUUUUUAACAAGAACAAAAGACACAACAACGACAACAACAAAGAGGACCAAUCAACGGCCUCUGACGAUUCUCCGGCUGCAAGUCUUGAGUCGUCGUCGAAACCAACAUCUGCGGGUCCUCCUGUCACGUCAAACUCGCGUACAGAACCAAUUCGCAAAAGACUCGACGGUAGGGCCACAGCAAGAAAAACCAUCAACUUGCCACGUGCGUCGCCGAUGGCUCCCAUCACCCGCCGGCCUAACCAGCCAGGCAGCUCAUCUACCCUAAAUGGGGAAACCUUACCCAGUGAGCCUAGUAGGAAGAAACCUCGUGUUGAUCCCAGCAUCACCACCGGCGAUGAAACCGGUACACCAACUUCUGGCUUCGGGCCGCCUGGUCAUCCCCUGCGUGAUUCGCGCUCAAAUCGUGACGUUUCUGGUUCUGGAAAGUCCACCAGAGGUCUACGGGAGACGCCAGCAAGUAGUUUCUAUGGCCACAGUCCUACCGCCAGUGAGGUUUCCAAGACCCGGACUCCUGUUGUCGAACUCCGAAACUUGCUUACGGCAGACAAGGAACAAACGCCGGGCUCGGAACCAUCCAAGUCGAAAACACCAGUGCCGGUCGUAGAACCGUCGCCCAAGGUGUUCAACCAAGGUCCUGCCAGAUACUGGGAGGAGCACAGGGCCAUGUUGACGUCACCAACUGGCCCGCAACUGGCCCACGAGCGCCAAUUGCACGAGGAGCAGGCAAUGAAAGCACCUGCAGUCUCGACCUCAUUUGAUGGUACAUACGAUAUCUCUGGGAGCACCGUAACGCCAGGCAGUCAACAGCCCAAUACUCAUUCUGUCAGCUCACACCAGUCGCCCUUUGCGAUGUCAACCCAGUCGAUGAGUUCUGGGAGCAGCUCUGGCACGUUAGCUCCUCAGAUGCAAAAGCACCUGUUGAGGCUGUACUCGGAAAACCAGUCUCAGCUUAUGGGGCAGGAUUUGAACCUGGACACGGGUGAAGGUUUGAAUGCCCCGAACCAAGGGCGCGUUCUCUUCCCAGGUGCGGCGCAGGCCGCGUCUCAAAAUACUAGGUCACAGGCAAAACACACGCACACUGUUGAACAGCCAGCAGUGGCUCGACGACUGCUUCGUUGCAUCAAACGGGAUAUACAGGCAAACACGAAUGAAACGCCCAACGCAGAAUCAGAGGCGCUGCCUGUUGAUGAGAGGCGCCGCUGGCUGCUUUCAGUAGAUGCGCAGCCCGUUUUUGACAAUCUAAUCUACAGCCAAAGCGCCGCACAACUAGCACCUCCACAAAAUGUACACUUACCACCGCGGACUGAACCACCAGAGCCGCGAGGCGCUCCGCUUUUCGCAGCCCUCAACCCACAUUCACAUUGGUGCCGGCCGCGCUCAAAAUCUUGGUUUGAAAAGAAGGAAUCCGAGAUAGAGUCUAGAGAAGAUCGGAAGGAAAGGUUUGGCAUGGCGGUCGAGAGUCUUGCCAUCAGCAGACGAGAGGAGGCCGCCGCCAAUCCCGCCCCUGCGCUAGCACGUGACCUAUUACCCGUGCAAGUCAAUGGUAGGAGUCGUGGAAAAAGUAAUGCCAAAAGGCCCUCCAGGGGUGGAGAAUCUGGACACGCGAAUGGCUUGAGCAAAAACACGGCCGCACUGGCGCGCAUGAGAUCGCAAUUCGACGCCUGGGACAUUCAGGUCUGGGAAAAAGACAAGGAGCAGACGCGGAAGGACGAGGAGACAGCACAGGCUGUUGUGCCUUCGGUCCCUGGGAAGCGCGCAAGGCGUAAAGCCAAUAUCAGAUAAAACUCGCUACUAUACACGCGACGCACGACUGAAUCUAAACGGACAAAGAGACCGCGGAGAUAGGACCGCGCAUGUAUUUUUGGGAAGUUCUUAAUAUUUGAGGUCACGGGCAAUGCAGGAGAGACUUGAAUCAAGCGAGCGUUGAGAAAAAGUAAAACACGGGGACAAUUUCCGCACGCGCGAUCACCAGUACCAAAGUGCGAGUGAUCUUUGUUGAAAUAAUAGUGACAAGACAAAAUAAAAAUCCAUUCGACUGACAAAGUGAG